UUAGGGUGUUGUUAGGAUCGGCCCGAACAAGUUAUUCAAUUUAGAGUUCUAUAAAUAGCGUCGAAAGGGGUAUUCUUGGCUAAGAGAAAGUUAGAAGCCCCUCUUCUUCUUUCCCUCUCUGCACUCGCCACCCACUGUGAUUGUCAACUCCAUUCCCCUUCGCCGAUAUUUAAGAAAAACAAUCCAUAGUUUGGGCGAAUUCACGCGCCCCCGAGAAAGUUCCAGAGAAACACAUUUAGGUUAAAUUUUGGUAUUCGGGGAUGGAUUCGAGUGAUAGUGGGCGUGGUUACUCGAAACGAGAGAGGGACGAGGAGGAUUGGGAGUUUAGCGAUAAGAGGAAAGAGAGGUCGAGAAAGUACGUCAAUAAUGGGGAAGAGGGUGAAGGUUCUGAUGGGAGUGGAAGGAGGAAGCGCUCUAGCAGAACUGAUAGUGAUGAUUACGAUUCGCGUUCUAAGCAAGGGGUGAAGAAGAGGCACGAGGAGAGCACGUUGGAAAAGUUGAGUAGUUGGUAUGAGGAUGGAGAGUUUGAUGGUGCUGAUAAGAUUCCCAGGAAGCGUGAAGGUGAUUUUCAGGAUGUGAAUACUAAAGAGGAUUAUAGGUACUCGGAGAAGAGUGAAGGUAGUAGUGGCCGUGAUAAGGGUGGUCACGGGUCUUCUGAGCAGGGGAGGAUUUCUAGAAGGAAGUGGGAUGAAGUUGACACUGGGGGUGCGAGGAGGACGCAAGAUGGUGCUUCUGAGAAAGGGGAUUCCAGAAGUGCUAAGGGUUCUGAGGCUAAGCGUGAUGGUUCUAGGGAUAGGGAGAGGAGUGGAUCUACUAGGAGUGAACAAGGGGAGGGUAAAGCUUCUGGUGAGAGGGUUGGUAAAUCCAGUGGUAAAGAAGAUAGAAGAGGUGAUUCGGAGAGAGGGAAGAGUAAAGGGAAGUCGGAGCAGCUGGAGGUUGGUCGUGAGGAGAGGGUUGAGAAGCCCAGGCAGCACAGAACGCCCAGUGGUUAUGAUGGAGCUGAAGCCUGGGAUAGGUCGGGGAAUGCAGAUGAGGAUGGGAACUUGCGGGUUAGGGAUAAAGCUACUAGGGAAACUGGGAACUCGAACAAGUCCAGGACUCCUGAGAGGAGUGGAAAACGCCAUCAAGAUUCUGAAAACUCGGAGGCAGAUUAUGAACGAAGUGGUAGCUUUAAAAGGAAGGAACCUGAGAGUGAUGGCUAUAAGGAUGAUAGAUCCAAAGGAAAAGAUGAUACUUGGAAUGACAGGAAGAAGGAUAGGGAAAGUUCUAAAGAAAGUUGGAAAAGGAGACAGCUGAGUAAUGUUGACAAAGAUUCGAAAAAUGAGGAGAGUGGUUUAGAUGACAACAGAGAAUGGGAGUUGCCUAGACAUGGUUAUGACAGGAUGGACAAUGACAGGCCUCAUGGACGGUUUGGGAGUAGAAAAGAUGGGAGCAGGGGGGAAGCUGUUAAAACAUCUACAAAGUUUGGGAUUUCAAAUGACAAUUAUGAUGUGAUAGAGAUCCAGACCAAGUUCUUUGACUAUGGGAAACCAGAGUCUAUGUCCAACCAUACCAAGAGAAGCGAAGCUAAUCAACAGUACAAUGUUAAAUCAGGUGCUAAUGAUGAAGAGUGGGCAUAUCAUCAGGAAGAAAGAGCUAGAAAGAGUGACUUACCUGGUUCUGGGACACCCGGUGAAGAUCCAAAGGAUAGAUAUGCUGACGAUGACUAUGAAUUUUAUGGGGGAAGAGGAAGAGGUCAGAAAGGUGCUGUGUCUGCUCGCAGUACUGGGAGCCAAAGUUCUAGUAGUGGUGGCUCACAACCUCAAUAUGGAAACCUGGACUCUGGAUCCUUUAACAGAGCUGGUCCACAAGGAAUGAAAGGGAACAGGGUUGGUAGAGGUGGAAGGAUUAGGCCAACUGGGAGAGACAACCAGCAGGUUGGAAUGCCAUUGCCAAUGAUGGGAUCACCCUAUGGACCUCUUGGAAUUCCUCCACCUGGGCCAAUGCAGCCUCUUUCACAUGGAAUGUCACCUGCUCCUGGUCCACCAAUUUCGCCUGGAGUCUUCAUUUCACCAUUUACUCCAGCUGUUUGGCCUGGAGCACGAGGUGUUGAUAUGAAUAUAAUGGGUGUUCCACCUGCUGUGUCUCCUGUACCCUCAGGUCCAAGAUUCAACCCUGCUAAUAUAGGGAACCCACCAAAUCCUGCAAUGUAUUAUAACCAAUCAGGCCCUGGAAGGGGAAUUCCACCAAGCAUUUCUACACCUGGUUUUAAUCCUACAGGAUCAAUGGCUCGAGGAGCCCCUCCUGAUAAAACUCCAGGGGGAUGGGUUCCUCCUAAAAGUGGUGGAACUCUGGGUAAAGCUCCUUCCAGAGGUGAACAGAAUGAUUAUUCCCAAAAUUUUGUUGACACUGGUAUGCGACCACAGAAUUUCAUUAGGGAGCUUGAGCUCACAAAUGUUGUAGAGGACUACCCGAAGCUUAGGGAGCUUAUACAGAAAAAGGAUGAGAUUGUGGAAAAAUCUGCAUCUGCACCUAUGUAUUACAAGAGUGAUCUGAAAGAAUUUGAACUGUCUCCAGAGUUCUUUGGGACAAAGUUUGACGUCAUUCUUGUAGAUCCCCCAUGGGAGGAGUAUGUGCACCGUGCCCCUGGUGUUGCUGACCACAUGGAGUACUGGACCUUUGAAGAAAUAAUGAAUCUCAAGAUUGAGGCUAUAGCAGAUACCCCUUCUUUCAUCUUCCUUUGGGUGGGUGAUGCUGUGGGCCUUGAACAAGGUCGUCAAUGUCUAAAGAAGUGGGGAUUUCGUAGGUGUGAAGAUAUAUGUUGGGUAAAGACAAACAAAAGUAAUGCAACUCCUGGACUGCGGCAUGAUUCACAUACUUUGUUUCAGCAUUCAAAGGAACAUUGCUUGAUGGGCAUAAAAGGAACUGUUCGUCGAAGUACUGAUGGCCACAUAAUUCAUGCCAACAUUGACACGGAUGUAAUUAUUGCUGAGGAACCUCCAUAUGGUUCAACUCAAAAGCCUGAAGAUAUGUAUAGGAUUAUUGAACACUUUGCCCUUGGAAGGAGGAGACUUGAACUAUUUGGUGAAGAUCACAAUAUCCGAGCUGGCUGGCUUACUGUUGGUAAAGAAUUGUCAUCUUCAAAUUUCAAUAAAGAGGCAUAUGUCAAGAAUUUUGCUGACAAAGAUGGGAAAGUUUGGCAGGGAGGUGGGGGAAGAAAUCCACCUCCGGAGGCACCUCAUCUGGUGGUGACCACUCCUGAUAUAGAGGCUCUUAGGCCAAAGUCACCAAUGAAGAAUCAGCAACAACUGCAGCAGCAGCAAUCAGUAUCCAUUUCUUUGACAUCAGCUAGCGCGUCAAGCAGAAGGCCUGCUGGGAAUUCUCCACAGAAUCCGGCUGCACUUGGUGUCAGCCAAGACUCCUCUAGCUCAAACCCUUCUACUCCAGCUCCUUGGGCACCUCUGGAGGGCUUUAAAGGACGUGAGGGCUCUAUGUUGCCUUCAGAUGAUAAAGUAAUGGAUAUGUAUGGGUUUAAUGGACCAUCCACAGGCUAUCUAGAUUUUGAAUCUUACAGACAAAUGAAUAUGUUGUAGCAUAACUCUCUCAGGAUAAAUUGCAUGAUAAUGCAUCGUGUAAUUUUUUUCCCCACCAAUAUCAAUGGGAAGAAAAUUAUUCGCAAUUUGUCUAUGCAUUCUUUUGGUAGCAUUGGCGAUUGUUUAAUCAGGGGAAUAAACAAAAGCGUUGGAUUACUGUAAAAUUAGUCACAUUUCGUGUAUUAUUUUAUCGAAUGCUCUAAAAGAAUAUAAUUUUGAUUCAUUUGCUUCCGGUGGAAGUGGAAGCGUUGACCUUUCGGAGGGUUAAACCAAAAGUAUAUAUAAGCCUGUUGUUUAGUU